AAUUUUUGGAAGUUUACUGACCAAAGUUUUUCUCGCGUGUUUGCAGACACCGAAACGACGCGCAACUUUCCCUGGCGAGAUACGAUGGCAGGAAGUCCUCAAGAAUUACUCCGACCUCCCUUCAGCUAUGUUUCCCGAUAACCUCCCAGGCGUUGUACAGGGAUCGGAGAACUCCCGAUUCUGCUUCAUUGAUUCGAGGGGGGGAAGGCAUUACACGAAUAUCGUACUGUCAGAUGAGUACAUGCUCGUUCCUUUACCCUCCGACACAAUCGCAGAUCGGCCUCUCUGGGAUUCUCCUGCUCAGCCUGACAGCCGACCCUGCUUCGUAAGCCUGUGCGAUGUGUCCCCGCCAUUAGACUUAGGUCUGCGGCUUCCCGAAGGAGUUGGUAUGGAGGUCGAUUCAAGCCCGUCAUCCUUCAAAUUGUCGUCUGCGAAGAAGCGUGGGCAAUCCCGGGCGAGGAACACAGCCAAGAAACUGUGUACAGCGAGGAAGCAUGUCGCUGUUGCGCAUUCGCACACUCGUCUCAUAGGACCAACCACAAGAGGAAAUCCGCAGAGCGAGCGUGCACCGAUGUUGUUGACAUCCUUCGAUCUGGACUUCACGACAUACGACAGCUCGGCGGUCUCCUCUUCCUCUUCUCCCUCUCCCUCCAACAUCGUCCUGAAUCUCAAGUGCUGGAUUGACAACUGUCCAAGGUCCUUCAUGAAGCUAGGCAAUCUUGAGGCCCACCACAAUAUGUGUCAUCAAGGGCAAACUGCAUUUGUCUGUCCUUUCAGAGAUUCAUGUUUGCACAGGACGAUGAAGCAGGGGGAAAUGAAACGGCACAUCAAGUCGGUUCAGCAUCUCGGGGGGGAUUCGCUACUGUGCCCGAAUAGAUGCAGUGGCAAGACAUUCUCUCGGGUGGAUGCGUUGAGGCGCCACCUGAAGGGCUGCCCCAACAAGUAAGCAGACCCCAGGUGCACCGAAGUCUGGAAAGGAAGUGUCUUG